GAAUCUACAAGCUGCCAUUGGAGCCUACUAUGAUUUCGAGAGUCCAAAUAUCAAUGUACCCUCCAUGUCCUUUGUUGAAGAUGUCACCAUAGGUGAAGGAGAGUCCAUCCCUCCUGAUACCCAGUUUACAAAAACAUGGAGGAUACAAAACACAGGGACAGAGGCGUGGCCCCCGGGGGUUUGUCUGAAGUAUGUCGGGGGAGACCAAUUUGGCCACGUAAACAUGGUGAUGGUCAGGUCCCUGGAGCCGCAGGAGAUUGCAGACGUCAGCGUUCAGAUGUGCAGCCCCAGAAAUCAGGGACAGUGGCGAAUGGGCACUGCCACGGGACUUUAUUACGGAG